AUGGUUGCCAUGUCGACAGAAGAAGAAGCCCGAACCACCGUAGACUCACUAAAAGGGAAAUGUUUCCAUCAUCAGAACCAGCACAGUUGGAUCGUUGCUGAUGCAAAUUCGGCCGAAGAAAGCAUGAUUGUCGAAAUAGCCCACAAAGAGGUUCUGAGUGAAGAAGAGAAAAGGUUGAAAUAUGAACAGAGAGCGCUGAAGGAGAUUGAAGAUCCCAAGGAACGACAGGCGAGGUGUCAGCAAGAAAGACGAAAUCGAUUAGUGGCAUAUCACGAACAACUGGAAGCUUCAGUUCAAAGGGAGAAUCGGGAAUUGUUGGUCUCUUCGCAACGGAUUGAAAGCAUGAGGAUGCGAGAGAACAAUAGGUGCUUGGAUUGUUGGAUGCUACAUAAACAGUGCAUCUGCACAACUACACCGCAAGGCUCCAUUAUCCCCAUAGCAUUUCCUCCGCCUCAAUCCCAGAUAUACGUCGCAGAUGUCGAAGAGGAUGAAAAGAAAUUUCAAGAGGAAUUGAGGGCAAAUGCUGAUCGGACCUUCGUCCUGUUUCCUUCUGAGAAUUCAGUCACAGUCCAGGAAAUGAUGGAAACUUUAAAUACAAAAGAGACUGUCCAGAAUGACAGUGAAGGAUCCCUAACGAUAGUGCUUGUGGAUGGAACUUGGCAGCAGGCAAGGAGAUUGAACCAGAGAAUCCCUUCGUGGGUGAAGCGAGUGAAGCUUAUGCCCCGCGACCUAGUUGACUCGCGCUACAAGAGCCCGAUGAGGAGUCAGGCUACUCCUGACAGGGUUUGCUCUUUGUCAGCCUAUGUCCUUCUUUUGCAGGAAAUGCGUGUGGCAUCAGAAGUGUGCCAGUAUUUGCUUCAACUUCUGCACAAGAAGUCAGAGAUAGUGCUGUCGAACAGCAAUAAGUGA